AUGCCUCACAAACAUACGAGGACCAAAGGCCAAGAUGUGGAGUCAUAUGACCUUCCGCCAUCCGCAUUCGCAAAGCCUCUCCCAGUGCCCAACCGCAGCCAGAAAUCCGCCAUCAAGUCCAAGAAGGCACCACCGAAGCGGAAGAAGGCAGAGCAUAGCGAAGGAUAUGGCCGGGAUGAUACACCCAAGGCCUUUGCGCGCCUCAUGCAAUUCCAAGCCACCGGCAAAGGACUACGAGGGUUGGAUACCGGUGACAGGCCGAAGAACAAGAAGCGCAAGCGAGGGCAAGAGACAGCAGAAGAUGCAGCAGAGAAACCAGAGAAGCCAUCACUUGAGAUGCCCAAGAUCCUGCCCGGCGAACGCAUGUCAGACUUUGCCGCGCGAGUAGACCAGGCCCUGCCUGUUUCUGGUCUUGCGCGUAAGGGCGGAAACGUCGCAGGGAUCAAGGAGCGCCAAACCAAGACGGAAAAGCGGCUGCAGAAGAUGUACGCGGAGUGGCGGCGGGGCGAGGCGAGGAUCCGGGAGAAGGAGGAAGAGGCAAGAGAGCUGGCAGAGGAGGAAGACGAUGAGCAAGCGGUCAUGUUCGAGGACAAGACCGCUGAGCUACCGGCGAAAGGCAAGAAGGGCAAGCGGAAGCGUCUGAUCGGGGAGCAACCGGAUGGUGAUGAUGACCCUUGGGCAGUGCUGCAGGCCAGUCGUGAGCAGCCGAAGGGCCUGCAUGAUGUCGCUCAAGCACCGCCACAGUUUAAGAGCUUACCCACGGAGAAAUUUAAGGUCAGGAAUGGCGCGAAGGUCACUGUGGGCGAUGUUCCCAAUGCGGCUGGCAGCUUGCGAAGACGGGAAGAGCUGGGCGAGGCGAGGAAGAGUAUCAUCGAGCAGUACAGAAAGCUCAUGGAGAGCAAGAGAAACGGGGAGUAG